ACUAAAAUGGCGCUGAUCACGUGACAGAUUUCUAAAAGGGAGCCAUUCGGCAUUUCGUUUAUUUUCGUGGAUUUCUUAAAUAUCUGUAUAUUUUUAUUAUAAAAUUUACAAAAAAAGCAUUUAACGUUUGAAAAAUACAUUUAGUUUUCAAAGAGGUAUGAUAAUCUGUGUAUUUUAUAAAUGUCCAUUAAUAAAUGGGCUUGAACGUUUGUUUUACUUAUUUAUUUAAUACUUGUAGAUAUUUCUCAUUAGAAAUGAGUGAUUAUCUACAAAUUUCACUACGUUAAUUAUUAAAUUGUUUAAGUGUAAUGCUGUUGAAUAGGAUAUUUUAUAUUAUUUAAUUAUAAAAACCUUAGGAUUUUGAACAAAGAAGAAUUGCUAAUCAUUUUUUAAAAAAAAUCCGAUGAGAACGUUUCUGACAGUGAGUGAGUAUCUAUUAAUGUUCUAGUAUGUAUUGAAAUGUAUGAAUUAUGAAUGUACAAGCAUAUUCAACGGAAGUUGUAAAGAUUGAAUAUUACUCAUAAUAUUAUAACAUCUGUUCUUAUUGUUCAUAUUUGAAAGUUAUCAAAUCAUCUGUGAAAGUAAUUCAGGACAGAGCUCAUAGUUAAAUACCGUUAAUGACAAUAUUUUUAGAGACUAGUUAGUUUCCUUUUGUAUUUAAAUAAUGGUGGCAACGGAACCCGGCAUAAUUAUCUUAAUUCUACUCUCUUUUUUUGUAAAUUGUGCAAUAAAUUACAUCUGUUUACAUAUAAAAAGUAUCAAAAAAAUUUCAUUUAUUACUCGAAUAUCCCGCCAGCCGGAUCAAGAUUGUAAAGUAAAUACAGUAUAUAUAUAUAUAUAUAUAUAUAUACGUGAAAUUUUAUUAACUAUCACUUGUAAUAAUUAAAGAAGUGUUCUUUAACUAAGCCGGUACGUAAAAAAAAUAUAACUCAAAUAUAGGAAAGAGAUUAAUUACUUUUAUAUUUAAUAAGUACUGGCUUAAGUGUUCAUGAAAAUUGGUAUUUAACAAUUAAUACUUUAGUAAUUGUUUUAUGAUUUGAUUAGUUUGAGCUGCUUAUUAAGGUCGAUUUCGAUGUAUUUUAUUAUAUUUUAAUUGUGUUUUUUAUUCUUUUUUUUUAGUAAGAAUGCCAUCGCUUCUAAGAAGGUUUAGUCUUAGGAGACCAAGAUCCAAAAAGGAUAAUAACGAUACCACAGACGCAGCAGUUGAUUCCUCGAAAAAAAAUAACGAAGAUAACAGCUCAGAAGCGAAUGAAAUUUGUCGAAGACCCUUAUCAAAAAGGGAAAGACAAGUACAAAAACGAGAAAUUCUCAAACCAGGUCAGAAAGUGAAUUUAUCAUUUGCGGGAUGUGGAUUUUUGGGUCUAUAUCAUUUGGGAGUUGCUCAAUGUUUGGUUACACACGGUAAACGCUUCUUACAAGAAAAUGUUGAAUUUUUCGCUGGGGCAUCCGCAGGAUCACUAGUUGCUGCCAUUUUAAGUGUAGAUUCAACGAAAAUUGAUAAAGGUAUAGAAGUAGCUUAUGAAUUGGCUAGAAUGGUUCACAGAAAGAAACUCGGUGUUUUAACACCAGGAGUCAGUUUAUUGGACCCACUAAAGGAGACUUUGCACAGCCUUAUACCUGACGAAGGUUACGAGGUCGCUUCUAAAAAGUUACAUAUUUCCAUUACAACACAUCGUAGACCAAGACGAAAUAAAUUAAUAAGCACUUUUCAUGAUAACAACGACUUGGUUCAGUGCCUUUUGGCAAGUUCAUAUGUACCUCAUUUAACGGGUACAGAACCAGUUGAUUUUAGAGGGUCUAAGUACAUCGACGGAGGAAUGACAGAUAAUCUUCCUAUUUUGGACAAUGGUUUAAGAACGGUUACAGUUUCCCCAUUCAGUGGCACCCAAGAUAUUUGCCCAGAAGACGGGUCUUCGCUUAACAUGCAUUGGAACAUCAAGAAACAAGACUUUCGUGUCUCUGCUAAAAACAUUCGUCGAGCAAAACACACUCUUUUUCCACCAACAAAGAGAAAUUUAUUCAAGUAUUUCGAUAAAGGAGCUAGAGAUGCACGUAGGUUCUUGAAAUAUCAUAACCUAUACGAAGAAUCAAAUGAUGGAUUGGAGAUAGAUAAUUCAAAUAAAUCAGGGUUAGCAUCCGCAACAUUAAAAGAGGCAAACAUGCUCUCUUCCCACCAAAUAACCUCUCAAAUUAUAUCGAGCGGGGAAAACGAGACGCAGAACGAUUUUUAAGAUUUAUGGGAUUGUACGAAGAGAACAAUACUGAACUUGUCGACUAGAGUUAAAAUUUUUUUCAAAUAUGGUGCACAAUUUAAUAAUAAAUCGCUUGAUUUUGGCCUACAAUAACUCAUUAACAUACAUACAUCUGAAAGCAUUAGUGUACCAUAUAUGAUAAAAGUGUCAAAAAAAAAACAAAAAAACAAAUUCAUAGUUCAAAGUCUACACUUUUGUCCUGUUUUGGUUCUUUUUCUCAUUUUAACAUUAAUAUAUUGAAUUUGAUGCUGUGCCUUUUUUCGAGAACUAUUUAUGAAAUUUUCGAAAAAUUAGUAUUAUAUUUGAUUCUCUAGAGCAAAUGUUCUCUUGCUAUUAGACCAAAAAUACGAUGAAUAAAUAUCUCAAUAAAAGAUAGUGCUGUGUUGUUUUCAUAUAGGCUUAAAUUUGUCUAUAUAAAAUAAACUUGAGCGACAUCUAGUUUCAGUUUUUGUAUAUGUUGAUUCGCUGUUCCAUUUAUAUUCUUGGAGAUAUUUCAUCAAGUGGAGUAAUAAUACGAAUAUAAUUAAGUAAGCAUAAAAAUAUUGCGUUUAUUCUUUAAAAGUUUACCUUAGAAUAUAGCAUUUUUGUGGAAAAUUUAAAUCUGCACUUACUACGUCGUAGUUUUGUCGGGAGUAUAAUCAGAACGGCCAUAAACAC